AUGCAGAGACGAAUGCUCACGAAAGAGGACGAGCAAGCCGUCGGCGACGAGGUCGAGGUCAGACGCGAAGACCAGGACAAGAUUAACAAGUUCAGCCGCCUGCACCAGCGCGAGCUCAAGUACGAAGAGGAGCUUAAGAAAGAGAAAGAGGAACUCGACGACAUUACCAUGGAGCUGGAGCUGGCUGACGAAGACGACAAGAUACCGUACAAAAUCGGUGACUCGUUCUUCCACGUCACAGUAUCACAAGCACAAGGAAUGCUCGAGGCGUCUACGGCCAGGAUCGAGGAGGACGUGUCACAGCUGGAGGACAAGCUCAGUACCGCUCGCGAGGAGAUGACACAGCUCAAGGUCGAGCUAUAUGCGCGGUUUGGACGAAGCAUCAACCUCGAGACAUGA